ACGUGGUGAGGUGAGAAUGUGCGCGCUCCUCCUCUUCGGCAGUGUGGCGUAGUGCUUUUUUUGAUCGAACGAUGACGUAAAACCAAUAGUCCCAUUCCAUUGUAUUUACGAUACUGUGCGAGUGACGUCAACCCCAAGGAUAGACUAGAAAGAAAGGAUUAAGAAAGAGAAGAGAGAGAGACAAGCGUCCAGGCCAUGAGAGAAGCGAAGGACGGUGAGGGGACUCCGGCCAGCCCUCUUGUGCCGAGCGAGUGUCUAGUAGUCCCCAAGUCGCAUAUCUGUGUAGUCCCCGAGUCGCUUUUCUUUUAGUAGCCACCGAUUCCCUCUUUUCUCAAACCUUUCUUUUCCUCUACACGAAAAUCUCUCUCCGUCUGUUUUUUUUUAUUUACUAUGGCCACGUCUUCCAUGGCUUAUUGAUAGUGCGUGUUUUGUGUACAUUAUCGGCUGAAAGAAGUGAAGUUUGGAGUUUAUAAGGAAUAGGAAUGGUGGAUAUUCAUUAGUAACAAGAGAAGAUAAAUAGAGAGAGAGGAAAAAAAGAGCGUGUCAGAAGGGGUCCCCCCCCUCCCCCAUUUACGUUGGUACCGCUUGUUCCUGGUCGAUUUACAUUCAAAAACAGAUUAUUCGAAAACACUAAGUGGAACUUGAGUGAACAUUGGUGUUGUCAUACCAAAAUUAAAUCAUUCUAGAUCAUAAGUAAGCGAGGACAAGGGAUCCUCUGAAGUGAUACAUUAUAACACGUGCCAUAUCGAUUUCCCUCAAAAUGGGUAUGCUCUAAGGAGAACUGACUUGUGGUAUCUAGUCAAGGCUUUUUAUCAGUACGUACGACAGCACUAAAGUGGCUGGAAGAAGAAAUAAGUGUAUUUUAGUUCUUAUUAAACCUCAACGGCACUUGUGUGUGUUAUUGAAUGUGAAGAGAAAAUAAAAACAAAACAAGCAUUUGUUGCCAUAGAAAUUUACCUCUAAUACCCACCGGAAAAUAAUAACAUCGCUGGAAAAUCUGCUUCAAAUCCAAAAGAAAAAGUUGGAUCGUCACCAUCAUCGAUAAUCCAUAUUUUUGAGGAAGUUGCAACCUGCAAGACCUGCAACAGGACGGCGAGAGUGAGAGAAGAGACUGCAGUAAGGGAGCGCGUAGCACAAUGUCCGCUCAUAUGGUGUUGGUGUGGGCGGGGGUGACUGCCAUGGCGUUGGUCACCCAUGCCUCCUGGCGCAACAGUGUCAUGCCAAAGAGAUAUGUUGAAUUAGGCGACCACGAGGUCAUGCGCUUCGUGGGCAACGAGACGCACGACGAAUACUUGAAGCUCAUUUUGCCUGACACUUCGGGCUCUCUCCUCGUGGGCGGAAGGAAUGUAAUAUAUAACCUAACCUUAACGUCGCUGCAAGAGAACACGAGAUUGGAAUGGCAUCCCUCCACAGCCCAGAUGAACUCGUGCUACAUGAAGGGCGGCUCGGAGGAGGUGUGCCAGAACUACAUACGCAUCAUGACGGAGAAGUCGAAAGGCCACUACCUCAUCUGCGGCACCAACGCCUACAACCCCAUGUGCAGAGACUUCAAGCUCGGGAACUUUGGCCUUGAGCGUGACAAGGAGUUCCCAGGUCGCGGCAUCUGCCCUUUCGACCCAAAUCACAACAGCACGGCGGUGUUUGCAGAUGGUCACCUGUAUGUGGGAACCAUUGCCGACUUCGCUGGGCUGGAACCGCUGAUUUACCGCGAUCCUUUGCGAACCGAGCAGUAUGAUCUGUCCACGCUAAAUGCCCCCAACUUCGUCAGUUCUUUCGCUCUCGGUGAUUUCGUCUACUUCUUCUUCCGAGAGAUUGCAGUCGAGUAUCUGAACUGUGGGAAGACCCUGUAUUCACGUGUGGCCCGCGUGUGCCGGCAUGACAAAGGGGGCCCGCACAAGUUCAGGAACAAGUGGACCUCUUACUUGAAAUCGAGACUCAACUGCUCUGUGUCCGGCGACUUCCCCUUCUACUUCAAUGAGAUACAGGCCACAACUGAACCUGUUGAAGGACGGUAUGGAGGUCACGCAACCACCCUUUUGUAUGGUGUCUUCACCACCCCAGAGAACUCAAUCCCAGGAUCAGCAGUUUGUGCUUUCACAUUUCAAGACAUUAUGGAUACAUUUGAGGGGCCAUUCAAAGGGCAGGCCUCUGUGAAUGCUAACUGGCUGCCUGUUCAUGGAACUCAGGUACCUGAACCAAGACCUGGACAGUGUGUGAAGGACUCGAGCACUCUGCCUGACGUCACACUGAACUUCAUCAAGUCACAUUCACUCAUGGACGAAGCUGUGCCUGCAUUCUUUGGCCAGCCUAUACUCAUUAGCACCAGUUUUCACUACAGUGGUCGCUUCACAUCCAUAGCAGUCGAUCAGCAAGUUAAAACUCCUGAUAACAAAUUUUAUGAUGUACUUUUUAUUGGCACUGAUGAUGGCAAAGUGAUCAAGGCCAUCAACACAAAGUCUGCAGACUCAUACCAGGAUGUUGAACCCUUCAUCAUAGAAGAUAUCACUGUCUUCCCCUCAAACAUGGCUGUCACUUCUCUCCAGAUCAUCAAACCAAAAGGAAAGCAACCUCGGCUACUUGUCAGUUCACGAUCAAGGAUACACUCCAUUCUUUUGAGCCGAUGUCAGACCAAUAAGAUCACUGAAUGCAGUGAGUGUGUAGCCUUGCAAGACCCCUAUUGUGCUUGGGACAAGAACAAGAACAAAUGUCGCCUUUACACAUCUGGCAAGGAAAUGAUCCAGAAUGUGAGUGAAGGUGUGCACAGUGACUGUGGCAAUACCGAGAAAAAGGUUAAGCCGCCUGCGCACUCUGCGUCUAUCAAUCGGGAGUCUUCAGGCACACUUCCCCCCAUUCACAACCAGCCUGAUGUUGGUGACCAUGAUAUAACGAGGACCCAGACCGUACCACAGCAGUUCACGGCGGAGACCCUGGCCAUCGCUGUUGCCUCGGCCACCAUCGGAGCUCUCAUUCUGGGCUUCAUCACUGGUUUCUUCUGUGGCAAGAAGUGCAACAAAGAUGAGGACAACCAGCUCUACGCAGACACUGACUAUGAGUAUUUUGAUCAGAGACAAAAUCCCAAUCCCCACUUGACUGGAGAACUGCAAGAAGAAGUGACGUAUGCAGAGCCUGUUCUAGUUCCUCAGACACUCAAUAAACCUGUAAACCUCAUGCUUAACAUGUCCCCCAAAGCUACUCUGAAGACUCCUGGUUCAAAUACCCCUGGAGCCAAUGUGGGGACGUUAGGUGCCCCCAUGGGACCAUCCCUAGGGCUUCCUACCACUGGGGUAUCAGCUGGACCCCAUGACAUCCCACUGCAUUAUACUCCGGAGUCGUAUUCAACCCACGGCACUCUGCGCUCCUCGGAGAAAUACGGAACCCGGGGACGUGACCACCGACCACGAGACUACGACCACAGGCUGGUGGAUGGAUACUCGACCACCCGCUCUGUCAAGAAGGUGUACCUGUGAGAUGCUUGCCCCACCGAGCCCAGCCUACCUGGAAGGGCACUCGAGCCUCCCUCUUUAUGUUCGGCAUUCGAGUCAUAGCCUCACCAUAGCUUUGCAUUUUGCCAGAAGCGCAUGGGUGGGCUGGUAAGUGUGGGCUUUGGGGAGAGACAGAAUAAGCAGGAACUCUAGGAGAACCCUGCAUGAAGAGUCCUGAUCUACUCCCCACUCACCACCAGUAUUAUGUACAUACCACCCUAGUGCCAAGAGACCACUUCUUCUCCUUUGGUAAAUCUCUUGUAAUCAAAGUAUUCCAUAGGUAGUGUCAGGUAAAUCAAAUCCUUGAGUAAUAAGACACUGCUCACAGUACUUGUUGUGACACUUUAGAAAGCAUGAGAAGACAUAGGGUGUAAGAAGUGACUUAGUUAAAAGUAGAGACAUUAUUCAGUAAUAUUAAUUGCAAGGAAAUGCUAAAGGGCUCGGCUUUGGAUAUCGAUAGAACUUUAGAGGAACCUGGAAAAAAAAACUUUGUAGCCCUAAUUAGUGAAGAACACUGUGAAACGAGUAAGAUAAUGUGUUGAUAAGGAAAUACAAUACUGAUAUAGGACCCCUAUUUCAUUUCCUGUCUUGAUCAAACUGUAUCUGUGCAGUCAUCCAGGAUAACUGAUACAAAAGAUUCUAAGGGCAAGUUGUUGUAACAUACUUGUUAUAUGGACAUUAGGAAUGCUUGAUGGAUUUAUGAUAUUAAUAACUGACAAUUCCAAGGAUAUUGACUGUACAGACUUUAAUGAUUAUGAUUGUCAAUGAACAAUGUUGAUAUAGUCACUGGUGUUUGAUACAGAUGCCCAUUAUUUUUUAGUAAUUUUAAGAAAAAUGAGUUAAAACACCAAAACUUAUACACUUUGAUUGGUGGUUGUAAUGAACAUAUAGUUUUACCCAUCUUGUUAUGAUUUUUGUAAUGCAGAUAAAUAUAAACAAAUGAUUUGAUAAUUGUGUGUAUCAACAAAUAUAAUCAAGACUUUUUACAACUUGACAGAAGACUUGUGCAGAAUUAUAGGCUCGUGUGCUAUGGUUGUUGUAAUCUGGUAACACAGCCUGUUCUUGUGCGUCUCUCUAAUGUAACUGUUGUAUAGGGCCUGUGAUAAGUGAACUUGCUUGGACACUCAGCAUCACAACUGUAUGUAAGUCAUUCAUGUGGGCUCAAUCACACCUCUGCUCUUGUCUAGUAUAUAUGCUAUGUAAUAUAUUUCCUGAUCCUGUUGCUAUAAUACUCUCAUAGGAAAAAAACAAAAAAAGUGGUGAAUGAAUAAAAUUUGCUCCAAAUCCUUCUGUCACAGACUCAACUCUGACAACGUUUAUUUAGACUUUGGAUAAUCUGUAUAUAACGUACUCUUGUCCAUUGUAGAAGUAUUUAAGAUAAGUAGUAGGAUCAGUGAUUUAGAGCCUUUGAUACAGAUUCUAUAAGGCUUAUGCUCCUCACAAAGGAAGCAACUCAUUUAAGUUUAUUAGUAAUUACUGAUCUUUUCACAGUGUUGAAUUGACAGUCGUAUUUCCAAAGAUACACCAUGUCUGACAAGGAAAGUGAAUAAACAAUUACAAGCAGAAGCAGGUCGGCUUUAUUCUUCCCAAUCUGGAUUGUAACUUUAAAUCAGACAUUGAUAUGGACUCACCCUUUUUUGGGUAAAGAAUUGAUAAAUGUGUAAGCUUUGAAAAACGAUGAGUGGAACACAGAAAGGGAUCAAAGUCCCAUCUGCUUUUGCAUGUAAUUUAAUGAAAGUGAGUUUGGUCAUGGUGAUUCUUGCAGAUUAAACUACUUAUAUAAAUAUUUUUUCCUUCAGUACUAUUUUAAUUUUUUUUUUUCUUUUUUUCAUUAUUAUUUCUCAAUGUGCAAUGAACUUUUGUAACAUUUUAUGUUAUCAUUAUGGAAGACAGUAUUGAUUAUUUCUACCUCUCACAUGAUAUGGAAGAGGCACAAAAUAGGCACAAAGUGUUGGUGCUUUCUUGAGGUCCUUUCCCACCUUAGUUCUUGUUUUUGGAUGUUGUGAUGGAAGGUAUGUAAAUCAGUUAAAUCCAUUUUUACCAUUUUUUCUUUCAUAAUAAUCACCUCAGUCAUGGAUAGAGUUGAUAUCUGAACUGGUUUAAGGAGUAAAUACACUUGCUAUGUAAUGUGUAUAUGUAUAUAUGAAAAGUACACACACACACACACCAAAGCAACACAGACUCACCUAUAAAUGGCAGUAUGUAUGCUUUAAGUACAUGUUGAGGUGAUGAGUUUCAAAUAGUUUUUUGGGAUGACAGCAUUUCAUUAAAGAAAAUGUGUGAAUUUCACCUAUGACUUUCAUUGGAUUUUAAUUACACAUAUUUUUCAAUUCUUUUUUUCUUUCUUUCUUUUCUUUUUUCUUUCAUUGUUUGAAAGAUUAAAGCUUACAGUUUUAAUGCCUUUCUCAGAGACAUUGAUGAAAUUCAUAUUUUUUUCUGUAAAUCAUACAGGUUCUCCCAUAUUGCUCUCUCCCAAUCACAUCUAAGUCAACAAGCACAGUCUCAUGUAGUCUGCUACCUUCAAAGUGAAUGGAUAUAAUGAGGGCAUACAAAAGAAUAAACUCAUUAAAAACACAAUGAAGUGUUUUUAUAUGUUUAAGACCAGAUGUGAUUUAGAUCAUGUAACACAAACACACACAAAUGUAAACAAACACAGAUACAAACAGAAGUGCACAACAAACCCCAGUGUAUCUUUAGAGCUGUCCAAUCUGAUGUACUGUCACCUGGCAUUCAGAAUGCUGCAUCAAUUAAAGAGUUAGGUGCAACAGGCAAAUAUUUUAUAACUUAUGCUCUCUGGCAGCAGUUGGAAUAACUGUCCAGUUUGCAAUGACAUGUGCCUCAUCUUCAUCUUUUUGCCCAGCUUGCACGGAAAGUUCCAUGUAGACUUUUCUGCUCUUGAUGUAGAAAAAGGAAAGAGUUUCUGUAUUCUGAGUAUGCAAGAACAUUUCUAUCACCCAGUCUUUGUAAAUCACAAAUUGAAAAGACACCUUAGGAACCCUGUUUCCAGCUAGAAUUUUCAAAAUUUCUUGAUCUGGAUUUUUAUUUUAGGUUGGACAGCACUGACAUACAGUGACACAAAAUAUACCACUCAAGAAUUACAUUCCACUGCAGUCUUUAUUGACUUUUGACUGACUUGUUUACCUUCCUUUCAUACUCUUUAUUGUCUCACAUUAUUGUUUAUUUACAAGGAACCCUUGUUUUAUUCUCAGUGUCAUUACCGAUGAAUACCAUGUAUCUCAUUCUAGGUCCAAAACUGUAAGGCUUUAGAAGUACAGAUUAAUGAUAAGGAAUGAUUUUUACAUGGCACAGCAGUAGAAAAGUUGCUGUACAGAAUUGCUUUAUGGUGGCCGUGUAGUGUGGGUGUUGCUUGUGACUGUAAAGACUGAGAUAGCAAGCUGGUAUGUAAAGUUCUGGUAUGAAGCGUUCAAUGACUUACUCCCUUCACACCAUCCUCUCCAGUGGAACCCUACAAGCUCUCUCUUCCUAAGCUACUUUUGCCGCCGGGCUGUAUAUCUAAUACUGGGAAUCAUGAAGUAUUUAGUAAAUAUUUAAUGCAGAGCUCUGUUUUGAGAUGGUAAGUCAUGGUUUGUAUAUUUAACAAGGUCCAAGUAUAAUUUUAGAUUAACUUGUGAUGCUUUAUUUUUUCUCAGUUUGGAAUGAAAUCAAAUUUUUAUAUUUGUGAUUAUGAUUAUGAGCUGAAUUGAUAAGCACCUUUGGUGAAGUAAUUCUGUAGAAGAUAGAAUGACAAUUUCUCAAUUUGUAAUAGAAAGACUCAGUCCCCUUGUAUUUCACAAGUAAGAAUAUCAGGGUUUUCAUUAUAUGUAAUUUUUAUAAGUGUUUUUAUGAAAAAAAUAUUCAAGGUGAUUUUUGUUUCCAAAUAAGAGUAAGACUAGAAUGAUAAAUGAUACACAUUAAAUGUGUAAGAAUCUCAAAUACUGCUUUGGUGUAAUGUUGGAGAUAAGCAGAAAUGAGGAAUCCAGUGCAAAGGCAGAAUUGAAAGUGUAUAUACAAAACAGUCUUUGAUCAUCUGAAUGAUCCUUACUAUGUUAUAUCAGUAAGUAAGCUUCAUUUACAGUAUCUCAAUACAUGUUUAAGGUAUAUACAAAAUUAUUUGUGUAAUGGUUAUGAAGUUUUUCUUUUAAAGGCAUGAUGUAAAUAUUCACACACCAAAUAAAUAAAAAAGGUUAUUCAUGGUCAACAUUGUGAAAUGCAUGAGAAGUGAUGAAUCUUUUCUCAUUGAUAAUGUCAUGAGUUACUUUUUUUAACAUUCCAAGUAUAUGUGGACAUAACUUAGAGAUGUAACUUUUCUGAGUUUGGAGUCAGUACUUUCAUCAUCUUUGGUGGUUUUCUUGUUUUAUCUCGUGUACAUUUCAAUCUAGUUUGUAAAUAUUUAUCCUUAGUGAUCCUUUUUGUCUUGCCACUCUUACCUGAUGCUCUUGAGACAUGCCCACACAGAAAGAAUUCAAUGUUUAUAAUUGCCAUCAUUUAUGGCUGUUAUCAGUGAGAAGAUUGUCAUUGUGAUUAUCAUUGUUUGUGCCUUUUUUUUUCUUUUUCUUUUUUUUUUGUAUAUGCAGGAAGACCUCCAUUUAUUACACUGUGGGUGAGUAAUUAUACUGCUGUUGCAUUAUUUGUGAUGAUUUUUGUAAAGGUCAUUUUGUUUAAGCGAAGUAUAUUUAACCUUUUAUGCAAGUAAUAUAAAACAAGUGUAUUUUGGUGAUAAAAUAAGGUGCACUCUGCUUAUCCAUUAAUAUUAGAAUACUGAUAAAUGCACACAUGGGCAUUGAAUGAUCAGAACAAGUCAUGCAUCUAUUAUGUAAUGUUUGAUACAUUUUAAGUGAAUUAUAUGCUUUCCACUUACUGCAUCCUGAAGUAAUAAAUGGCAGUAUUACUGUAGUAACAUCCUUGUAUUGUCUUCUUUCAAGGGAUAUGUAAUAAUGUACUGUAAACCUUGAAUUCAUUAUCUACAAAAUUAUUGAGUAAUGAGUAGGGACUAUAGUGUAACUUUGUAAAUUAUGAGUAAAUUGUCAGUUUAAAAGAAAAUAUAAUAGUGCAGUAAUGAAAGAGGUAUAAUAAUUAGCCAAGUCUUAGAAGCCUCAUAGCUCUCCCUCUUUGUUAGUGGAGACCCGGCGGCUUGUCACACACUUUUUCCUUCCCUCGGUAAACGCUUCCCAUGCCCCUCCCUGCGCCCUGCGCACCAACACACCAUCAUUGUUAUAAUAAAAUGUGCAUUUA